GCAACUUGUUGAACAAUGCUCUGAGUUCCAAGACCUUUAUCACGAUUACGAUCAUGGAAACUGUCUCUUUUGCCUUUGCCGUGGUGGGAGUGACUGAGUCCAUUCACAAAUUCGGCAAAGCCUUGGUCAAUCUCUGUCGCGAGUACAAGAACCUCGAGGCCGAGUUGGACGAGAUUCUCCUCACCGUCCAAGGCCUCUGGGUCAAGACAGAAGUCCAGGUUCAAUCUCUGGAGAAUCUGUGGCCCAGUCUGCAACCAUCACUACAAGUCCUUUACUAUCACAUCCUCGAGCACCUCGGAGACAAGCUCAUUAUCACCGAUACAAGUCUUCAGGCGGUGCUGAGACAGAAUCUUGAUACGGGUCAUAUGCCACAGAAGCUCAAGGUAAUCCUCCUGAAGCGUCACCUCUCCAAGACAGUCUCCGAUCUGGAGGAAUGGCAAAGGAAAUUCGAUCCUUCAUGGUAUCUCAUCACACGCCUUGCCAAUCCAGAGGUCGAUCGACAAUUAGAGCAUCGAUUACCUGCCGAGCCGCGCUCUGCUCCUGCAUCGCCAUCCACGCGACUGGCUCGCAUGCGGAACACAAUUCAACAAAUUGCCGCUCAAGAAGCCGAGCCAAGAGAAUCAAUGUUCAAAGAUCCGAGGCCCAUCAAGGAGAACAUGGUCCCGAUCGCCGGAACCGACGCCUAUAUGUCGACGGAUGGUGCUAAAAGGCUCCUUCUCGACUCAGCAAACCUGGCUGCAGCCCAGGUCUCCGCAACCCCCAACCUCCUCGCGAUUGCACGCCACCAAGUGCGCGACCUCGCGCGACUCCUGCUGCACAUUGACCCCGAGGCCUUCAACCUCCUGAAAUGCGAGGGCGUGAUCGAAUUAGCCGCCGGAACGGGCGCCCAAUUCUACCUUCUCUUCGAAAUCCCACCGGGCCUGUCAUCCCCUCGGACCCUACGAGACCACCUCCUUGCCCUUGCCCCAAACCCCUCCUUGACCCAGCGCGUCCAACUCGCAAAGCAGCUCGCCCGCUCGGUCAUGUUCGUUCAUGCCGCCGGCUUCGUGCACAAGAACAUCCGCCCGGAGACUGUUCUCAUCUUCGAAAACAAAGCGACGCCCUCACACCCAGAGCCGACCCUUCCUCCGCCCACCCCCGACCACCAUAACCCCAAUAUGAGAACUCAAUCAGAUAGACUAGGUCCCUCCUUCCUUAUCGGCUUCGAGCGCUUCCGCCGCGCAGAAGGCCACACUGACCGCUUCGGCGACCUCGCGUGGGAGAAGAACCUCUACCGACACCCGUCCCGCCAGGGCCUGCAACCCGAAGACAUCUUCGAGAUGCGCCACGAUAUCUACAGCCUGGGCGUGUGUCUAUUGGAGAUCGCGCUGUGGCGGUCUUUUGUCCGCCCUGACCCUAACACCACAGACAACGCUUGUUUCCUCCCGUCUGCGGAUCUAGAUAUCGGCGCAGAGCUGAAGAAUAAAGAUUCCCGUGCCGGCGCGUUUGAUAUCAAGGACAAACUGGUGGCGAUGUGCAAAGACGCCUUGCCGGCGGCGGUCGGGGAGCAGUACACCGGGGUCGUGCUGGCCUGUAUCUGCUGUAUGGAUCACAGUGAGGAUAAUCUGUUUCGGUAUGAGAACGGGAUGCAGGAUCGCGAUGGGAUCAUUGUGGGGGUGAGGUACAUUGAGAAUGUUCUUUUGAAAUUAGAAGAGUUGUUUUUAUAAGAUUGAUUGCUGGAAAGACGGGAGUUAUCGGUUUGGCAUGAACGGUCAAAGAAUUUCCAGGUCAAAGUCUUCCGGCCUGGCGCAAGUGAGAGCAUUUCCAGCAAUCGAGGUUUUUCUUGUGGCUCUUGAUAUUCUUAUUAUGCUAAAUAUAUCAGAAGCUGAGAUAUAUAGAUAGCAGAUGAACAUCAAUCUUGGAUAUCAAGGGUCUUCAUCACUUGUCAUCUUGAAGAGAAUAUUCAGUACAGCCUUCAGUUCAUAGCAACCACUCCGUGC